CUGAGAGUUAAACGUGGACAGAUAUUAUUCAUUCGUCCAUUCCUAUGAAAUUAUUCUGUUAGUCCAUUUGAGAUCAUCUUUUCAAAAGGUGAUAUUUUGAGAAGCAAGCUCAACAAAGUUGGAAAAUCAUUUGGAGAAAAACGCGUGCGAGCACACAGAAAGAGAAAAUAAAUUGCGAGAGGAAGUGAAAGCAAAGAACCAAACUUAAAAAAGAAGAAGAACAUGAAGAAGAGUACGAUUACCUCCACCACCACCCAUGUGACCAGGACGGGUGUCGACCAUGGCAGCGUCGAUGGGGCUCUCCUCGACGGAGGCUUCUCGUCUUAUUCGUCGGGACCAGUUACCGGGGGUCGAACUCUGGUCAUCAGUCGUACCAUCGGGACCAGCCGCGGUCUGGGCAGCACUUCAGGGAGCACCUUGGAGAGAGCUGUCAGGGCUUCGAAUCAGUACGCCAGUGGUGCACCCAUCCCUAAUUAUUCGAGCAUCACCGCGUCGGGUGUGUCCUCUGUAAAGGAGUCGAGAGACCAGGAGAAGAAGGAUAUGCAGGACCUGAAUGAAAGAUUUGCCAACUACAUCGAUCGGGUAAGAAGUCUGGAAGCCACAAACCGCAAACUCGCAGAUGAGUUAGCCAAACUGAAGGAGAAGUGGGGCAAGGAAACAGCCCAGGUCAAGGCUAUGUUCCAGGCCGAACUCGAUGAAGCCAGGCGACAACUGGACGAGGCAGAAAAAGAUAAGGCCCGACUGGAGAUCAAAGUUGCAUCUCUGGAGGAAGAGUUGGAAGAGCUGCGCCAGGAGUUGACGUGGGCGGCCCAGCAGCUUGCCGACAACCAGGCCUUCCUAGCGAAGAACAACCAACUUCUUUUCGAUUACGAAUCCGAGAUUCAAAUCUUGAGGAAGAGGAUCGAACAGUUGGAGACUGAGAAGGAGAAGGAUAAGAAGACGAUUGCUCAGCUGAAGGAACUCCUCGCUAAAGCCCGCACUGACCUGGAUAAUGAAACGUUGGAGCACAUCCACGCAGAGAACAGAUGUCAGACCUUGCAGGAAGAGAUCGACUUCCUCAAAUCCAUCCACGAACAGGAGAUGAAAGAGUUGGCGGCCCUGGCAUACAGGGAUAUCGCCCCCGACAGAGACUACUGGAAGAAUGAGAUGGCUCAGGCGAUCCGCGAGAUUCAGCAGAUGUAUGACGAUAAGAUGGAUACCAUCCGCAGCGAACUGGAGACUCACUAUUCAUCUAAGGUGCAAGAAUACAAAACUGGAGUUGCGAAGGCAGCGGCGGAGACAGUUCGAACGAAGGAGGACACGAGCAAGUUGAGGCAGGACCUCACGGACAUGAGGGACAAACUCAACGAACUCUCGCAGUUGAACGCCAAGCUGCAAAGAGAUUUGGAGAUGUUGAGAAGAGAGAAAGAGGAUAGAGAGAGGGAACUGGAACUGCAGAGAACUCAACUGCAGGGUGAGGCCAUCGACUUGAGAGCCCAGUUGGACGCCAUCCUACGCCACCUCCAACAAAUCAUGGACACCAAACUCGGCUUGGAGUUGGAAAUUGCUGCCUACAGAAAACUUCUGGAGGGUGAAGAGAAUAGGUUGAACCAACGUUCAUUGUAUGGAGGGGCCGGUGUUGGUGGUGGAGCUGGUGGUGGUGCUGGCUACGGAUAUUCAUCUGGUGGUGGUGGUGGUGGUGGUGGCGGCGCUGGCUCCGUCUCAUUUUCAGCGGGAUAUUCCUCAGUGGUUGGUCAGAUGUCUGCCCGAACGACGUACCACAAAUCCGCUCUCGGUCCCAUCUCCAUCAGCACUUGCACUCCUGAUGGCAAACUGAUCGAGCUUGAAAAUACCGGAACCAAGGAAGAGAACAUUGAAGGAUGGAAGAUCGUAAGAGUUGUCGAUGGCAGAGACCAGCCUGAGUUCAAACUGGACAGCAGGUUCUCAAGUCUGAAGAGGGGCCAGAAAGUUGGGAUCUACGCCAGAGGGGCCAAACCCAAGAACGCCGGAGCCCGUGAUAUUGAGGCGAACUUCGAAUCGUGGGGUAUAGGUGCACAGGCCACAACGAGACUCAUUGACGCCGAUGGAAAUGAGAAGGCGACUCACACCCAGACAACCAAGUACACCUAAUUGCACGCACGCACGUAACUGUGGAGGGUGUGAUCUUUUGAAAUCAUCCUUUCUUCGUCAUCUUCCACGAGGCCUUCUAAAUUUCGAUUGAAAGUUAAGAUUUGUUAUAACCAUCACACACACACACACACACACACUCAAAACACGCAAUACAAAUAUGAAUAACAGAUUUAUGUGCACAUGCAUACAUACACAAAUGUGUGUGUAUGUAUUACGUAAGUUACGUUAUUCAUACAAACAUAUGCACACGCAUACGUCUUAAUACUAAAGUAAAUUAUAUCACAACUAAAUUAAAUUAUAUUCUGGACGAAUUAUUUUAAAAGAUACGAACUAACAUUCAAUUUAAUUGCACCUGAAUUAUACAUAGUGAACUCUAUUAAAUCAAUUUUGUAACUUGUUUUUAAGUUUUUAAUUGUGUCGGUUCGUUCGUAAUGGCUAUAGUACCUUUGUUGUUAGUAAUAAUAAUAGUAAUAAUAAUAAUUAUUAUUAUUUAUAUCAUUUAUAAUAAUAAUAUUAUUAUUUUAUCUUAUAUCCUUUUUACAAUACGUGGUUUUUAGAUAAUGUACCAAGAGCUAUCAUUCCAUAUGUUUUAAAAUCCAAUGAACUGAUUAAGCAAUUAGUUAAUAAGUUAAUUAAUUAAUUAAUUAAUCUAUUAUCUCCUGCAUUAAGUUACAAAUUGCAUUCUUUUUUCCAACUGUUUAUCUAUCUAUCUAACAAUUAAUCUGUCCAUCAAUCUAUCAAUCAGUCGAUCGAUCGAUCAAUCAAUCAUUCAUUCAUUCAUUCAAUCAAUCAUUCAAUCAAUCCAACUAACUAUCUAUUUAUCUAUCUCUUUAUCUAUCUAUCUACAAAUCAAUCAAGCUAUAUAUAUGUAUCCAACUAUCUAUAUAUCUUUCAUUCUAUCUGACCAACAAUUUUUGUUAUGAAACCUAAACUUUUUUAAAAAUUAAUCUUGAAGCAUUUAGGCUGUCGCAUUUACAUUGAAUUGAAAAUUAUUUUUUCUCAUUUUUAUAUCAAAUUAUUUUUUAUAAAUUUGGAAAUAGCUUCUUUUUAUUUUUACAAAACGUUUUUGGUUGAAACUUUCAGUUCCUUUCAGUUAUUGAUCCUAAGUUGAAAAAAGUUUGAGUUAGUUGGCUAAUGAUAUCAUUUUCUGUUUUUCGUUUGUUUUUUUAUUCUCCAGGCCGCUUCUAGACAUUCGUUUAACCGGCUAUUAAUAUUCUAAUUAAUUCCGCAGCUAAUAAACUCGUAUAAAAAAAUAAAUAAUUGUAAUAAUAAUAUUAAUUAAUCAAUAACUUUCUUUGUUAUUUCUGUUACGGUUCCAGUUUUGUUCCAUCUUUUGUUAAUUCUAAUUAUUUUUAAAUUAAUUUUUAUUUGAUUAUUUUACCGAAAAAUUCAGUUUUAUUUGUGCUUUCUGCUUUUCGUUCGCGUUCUUUUCUUUCUCUUAUAAGUUUACACACACACAUACACACACACACACACACACACACACGUCUAUUUGAGCGGUCACACUGACAGAAAUGACAUCAACACUAGCAACGACAUCAACAACUGCAACGACUAAGACAAUGACAUUGGCAACAACAAUUGAAACAAAAUUACGCUAACAAGCAUGACAGUUGCAGUAGAAAGAAACAAUGAUGUCAUCCAUUUUUCGACCAUGCAUUCGCCAGAAUAAAAAUAUGUAAAUAUUUAUAUCCAAAAACAAAAAUAACAAUGAAAUGAUAGAAAUAAUAAUAAAAUAAUAUAAAUAACGAUAAACAUGGAACAGAGAUGGCCAUAGUAGUCUUCAACUUUCGACUCCUACCAUUUCCAGAUCUAGUAUUCUUUUCAUUUCUAUUCUAUUUCAUUUUUAAAUCCCUUCCUUUGUCUGAUCAUUAAACAAUUUUUCCAUCUACGAAUCCAUCCAUCUAUCUAUUCAUUCAUUUAUUCAUUACCAUUCAUAUUUGCCUUUAAACGCUUGUUGUUUGUGAGUUGAGACGAUAUCCUUUGGUUAGUUAUAAAACCUUACCUGCUAGUUAAAAAUGGUGAAACUAUACAAUUCUACAAUGAACCAGUCAAUCAACCAACCACCAACCAACCAGUCAACAAACCAACCAAUCAGCCAGUCAAUCAACUCGAUUAACCAACCAACCAGUUAAUCAAUCAACCAGUUAAUCAACCAACCAAUCAUUCAACCAGUUAAUCAACCAAUCAAUCAGCCAAGCAGUCAAACGACCAUAAAUUUUAUCAACCAAUAUGUUUACCAACAAAUCUCAACCAACCGCAAAACUAGAUAGAUAGAUUAAUUAAAAAAUACGCUUAGCACACUGCACCACCACCAUCACACUUUUUUCCUUACUUUCCAAUUUUUCUUGGAAAGUUUCUAACAAAAAUUUGUCCUAUUAACUUCAAUAAUUUAUACAGAAACGUCGAAAAUAUUAAACUUUAUCUUUCAAAUUCUUGAAAUAAAUUUCUGACGUAAGUCAGGAAGUUAUUGGCAAACAUAUCAACAUCCCGAACCAAAUAUCAAAUACUUAGGUAGUACGUACGCGCGCACACACACACGUACACACACACACAUGCACACACACACACACACUUAUAUAUCAACAGUAUGAUCAUUCGUAUCAUCAUUUUUGUAAGAUCGUCGUCACUUAGCUGGCGUAACUUAUUUUUCAUCAGCUGUCUCAUGUUAUUAUUACUCUUUUAUUUGUUAUUAUUAUAUCAUUAUUGUUAUUAUUAUUUAUUUAUUAUUAUUCUUAUUGUUAUAAAGUUAUUUCUUAUUAUUAUUAACAUUGGCGUCACCAUCAUCAUCAAUAUGGCUUCAGCUAAAAUUUUUUCUCCAGAUCUGCAAUCGACUUGAAAACAAUAACAUCCAUUAUAAUAUAAUAAUCUAAAAUUUAUACGAAUAAUAAACAAACACAGACACACACACACACACACAUACACACACACACAUACAAGACACUCCUACACAUCACACUUGACAAUAUUUAACAAUAUUAGAUGUUGUUUGGGUGUUGUGAAAACUGACUUGCGUUUGGAUUAAUACAAAAAUAAGAAAACUAAUAAACUAACAAAUCCUUUUUUAAAGUUUCUUUUUUUGACUAUCAAUAAUACCAACAAACUAACCCCUAAUUGUUAUUUAAAUUCGAUCGAAUUUUAUUGAUUUAACAUUUUUUUUAUUAAUUAGAAUUCUAAAUUUUUAUUAACAUUUAACUUUAACUCUGGCCGGACUAUAUAACAUAAGUCAGCAAGCACUCCCUCCAUCUCUUUCUUGCUUAGUAGCUACAGUCUAUAAAGUACCAAAAAUCAUUUAUAAAGAACCAAAUAUGAAUUGCAAAGUACCACUGUUACUAAGUUUUUAAAAAAAUUCUCCUUAAGUAGUGCUAUGUAUAUUGAUAAGUAGUAGUAGUAGUAAUAUUGAGUAUUUUAUCAAUAACUAAUAAUAACAGGCUUGUUAGUAUCGUUAAUCAUUACACAUACGCACGUACACACACACACACACACACGCACACACAAACACUGGAUGGCAAAUGUUUAGUUUUAAGCAUUUGCAUCGUAACUGUGUUUGUUAGUAACUGGAAUGACAAGAAAAAAUUGUUAUAAUUAUUAUGAUGAUAAUUAAGCUGAUAGUUAUGAAGGUAAUUAUGUCUCGAUGAUCAUGAAAACCAAAUGAUUAUGAGUGUAUACAAUUGACGUUAUUUUUAUUCUACUGUACAUAGUACAUUCUCAUGUUUUGAUAAAGAUUUGUUCAGGUUCCUGAGCUAAUUAAUUAAUUAAUUGGUCAAUAAACAAUUAGUUUAUACUAUUUAACGGCAAAUGAAAGGCCCAACACAUUUAUCUUUUGAAAUUAUUUUUUAAAAUUUCAUUUCUUUUCUUCCUUCACAAAUAAAUUUUUUGUUGAUCGGUGA